ACUCCAGUCAGGGCCGUCCUGCCCUCGACCUCCGCUAUUGGCGAUUUAAAUGUCCGGUCGGUGGCCAGUGCCUUAGCGAGAUGGGCGCUGCUAUGUUCUUUGGUUGUACCUUCAUCGCCUUUGGGCCAGCGCUGGGGUUGCUACUGACCACUGUGUUCGGUGAUCCGCUGCGAGUCAUUAUCCUGGUAGCCGGGUCAUUCUUUUGGCUGGUGUCCCUACUCCUCUCCUCCCUGCUGUGGUUCGUGGCUGUUCAGCUCAGCAAUAAAGACAAUACCAGCGUGCAGCAUGGGCUACUGGUCAUGGGUGCUGGCAUCUCCGUCCUCUUCCAGGAAGCCUUCCGCUUCGCCUACUACAAGCUGCUCAAGAAAGCUGAUCAGGGGCUGGUGGCUUUAAGUGAAGACGGACGAUCUCCCAUCUCCAUUGGCCAGAUGGCAUAUGUUUCAGGCUUGGCCUUUGGAGUCAUCAGCGGCGCCUUCUCCGUCAUCAACGUCCUGUCUGACUCACUGGGGCCAGGAGUGGUUGGGAUUCAUGGGGGAUCUCCCUAUUUCUUCCUAACUUCAGCAUUCUUCACCAUGGCCUUGGUCCUGCUGCACACGUUCUGGGGAGUGGUGUUCUUCGACGCCUGUGAGAAAGGGAAGUGGCUGGUGCUGGCUGUGAUCGUUUCCAGCCACAUGCUGACCUCUGGCCUGACGUUCCUGAAUCCCUGGUAUGUGGGAAGCCUUGUUCCGAUUUACGGCAUCAUGGUUGUCAUGGGAGCGUGGGCGUACUGCACGGCUGGAGGAUCGAUACACAACAUCUGGCGCUGUGUUACAUGCCAGCAGCACUCCAACCCUCAUGUUCUGGUAUACUCGAGUCUUCAAUCGCCUGUGGAGGACUGAAGGUGGGAGCAAGAGGUCCUGAACACCAUCCGGACUGGUCCUUGCCUCACUCCCCACCCUCUCACCUCCCCUUCCUCGGACACCGAAGCCUACCUCCCUGAGGGACAUAUGGACGCAGACAGUGUCUGCUUUGGCCUCGCCGGUUUGACGGGGAGCCUCCUGGACCCUGGUUACCACUGGAAGGAGAAAGUGUGACGGUUAGGGAGAAGGCAAGUCACCUACUGAGCACACUGAGACUUUUGGUUUGAACUCCACAGCACAACCCAAUAUUUGUCUGAUUAUUUAUUUUCUUUUUAAACUUUGACUACUGUUCACGUCCUGGUGCAAGCUUGUGGAAAAGCCAGGCUGCUUAUAGAUUCUGUUCCAAGGUUGAGAGGAAAAGUUUGUACGUUGUGGUCCUCGGUUUUGAGUGUCACCAUCCCAUUGUGUCUCUGGAGCGAGAGGACAUUGGGGCUACCCUGCCUCCUCACCACAUUUCAGGCCGAGUUUUUGUGACCAUCCUUCCAGCAACAUCCCCCCUGGCCAGACUUUACCUCCUGGAUUCCACCUGAGGUAAAACUUGCCUCACUUUUCUUCCAGCAGCAAGUUGUGCUAGAAAGCUGAGAGGGAGGUGCGUGUGUCUGUGUCCAGCAUCUGCCACAAGAAAUGCCCGCCAUCACAUUUAACAGCCCCGAAAGGCUGUUCGUGGACCCACAGUGGCUCUUUGACUGUUAGGGGUAGGGGAUGGUGGCUGCAAAGCACAGUGGGAGGCAUCCUACUUCCCCUACCUCCCAUCUCUGUUAAGUUGUAUUGCAACAGUGCUCAGGGCAGUGCUCACCCCCCCCCCCCCCCCCAUUCUGUAUCCAAUGAGAUAUGAGACCUAGGAAGACUUGGCCUCUGCAGGCACAGAAUGAGUCUGCCCUGGGACAGAUCCUACUUUCAAAAUGCCUGCCCUGUCCCCAUCUGAAGCUUCAGAAGUACCCAGUGGUGGGUGUUGUGACCGGAUGUGUAAAGGGGAAUGAAAACCUUCCUCGAGGCUGUAAAGAAAUAAUAUAAUCCUCUCUGUUAAGCAGGUUCUCCUGGGCUUCUACGCCCAGCUCCCUUGCUGCAAGUCUCAAUACAGAGUGACACCUUUACAUUUGGGUACCGCACCACCUGACUGGAUUCUACGUAAAAGUGCAUACCUGUACUCGGAGCAUUUAAUAUUUCGUUUAAAAUAUAUCUACAAUAUUUUUUGUUACUUUUUGGGAGUUUUUUGCUUUGUGUGUGAGUUGCCUGCUGUCGCUAUGGUCCCAAGGCUGAGAAGGAUCAUUGUUCCCUCCCUCCCACACACAGACUUCCUGCUACUCUCCGGUUAGGCCCGGCUGGGAGGUUUGCCCCUGGCUUUGUAAUGUUAACAAGUGACUGCCUCUAAUCACUUGGUUAGCUGUUAAACAGAAAUCACUGGAAGUACUCAGCAGGUUGGACAUAGGACAGUACAGGCCCUUCAGCCCCACAAUGUGGUGCUAGCCCUUUAACCUACUGUAAGAUCAGUUUAACCUUUCCCUCCCACAUUGCCCUCCAUUUUGUUGCAUCUAUGAGUCUCGUAAAUGUCCCCAAUGUAUCUGCCUGGCAGUGUGUUCCACACGUCCACCAAUCUGUGUAAAGGAGGGGAGAAAAACUACCUCUAACUAGCCCAGUAUGCUUUCCUCCAAUCAUUGUAAAAUUAUGCCCCUUGUGUUAGCCAUUCCCACCCUGGCAAAAAGGUCUCUGGGUUUCCACUCAUCUCUGCCUUUUAUCUUGUCCACCUGUAUCAUCAUUUCUCAUGCUCCUCGACUCCAGAGAGGAAAGCCCCAGCUCUCUCAACCUAUCCUCAAAGGACAUGCUCCCUAAUCCAGGCAGCAUCCUGCUAAAUCUCCUCUGCACCCUCUAUAACUUCCACAUCCUCCCUAUAAUGGGGCAAUUAGAUGUGAACACAAUACUCCAAGUGUAAAGUAUAUUUUUUAUUAACAUUAAACUACUUUUACCUAG